ACUUCCGGUUUGAACAAGGUUAGUCCAACUGUAUUACUCAUCAUCAUAAUCCUAGCCAUCAUUUUCUUUGUUUCCGGUUUGAUUCACCUGGCGGUUAGAUUUUUGUUGAGACCUUCCAAUAGAGAGCCACAUAAUUCAGACAAUGUGACCGCCCUCCAAGGUCAGUUGCAGCAACUAUUCCAUCUCCAUGAUGCCGGUGUCGACCAAUCUUUAAUAGAUACCCUCCCAGUUUUCCACUACAAAUCCAUCAUAGGUGUUAAGAACCCUUUUGAUUGUGCGGUUUGCUUGUGUGAAUUCGAGACCGAAGAUAAGCUUAGAUUGUUGCCGAAUUGCAGCCAUGCCUUCCACAUGGAGUGUAUUGACACUUGGCUUUUGUCCCAUUCCACCUGCCCUUUGUGUAGAUCUAUUUUACUCCCUGAUUUCUGUUCACCUUCACCCCUUGUUUAUGCUCUUGAAUCUGGGAGUCACAGUUCAAGAGAGACUGAGAUUGUCAGUGAAAGUGUUCUAGGAAGAAGCAGUUCAGUUCUGAGAUCAAAUUCCAAUCUGGGUCUUUCUGGAGACACCGAAUCAUGUGAAAUCCUGGAAAAAGAUGAAGCCAACGAACCAGCAGUCAUGGUGGAUUCUGGGGAAACAGUUGUGCCUGUUAAGCUAGGGAAGCUUAGAAAUAUUGACGGCCUUGAAGGUUGCAGUAGUAAUAACAAUAAUGUCGAUUCCAGGAGGUGUUUCUCGAUGGGGUCUUUUGAGUACGUAAUGGAUGAGAAUUCUUUCUUACGAGUACCAAUAAGGACCCCGUUGAAGAAACCAUCGAGGAAGAAGACUUGUUUGCCAUUAACAGCUGGUCACCACCCGGCCAUGUCCGAAUGCGAUUGUGAAUCAAGAAGAGGGUUCAAUGGUUUUGAAACUACGGCCACCACCAGCACUGACAACGAUGGCAAGUCUAUUGGUAAGACCAACAAAGAAAGCUUCUCGAUAUCGAAAAUUUGGCUUCGGGGGAAGAAAGACAGGCGGAGUUGUAGCGUUGGUUCAUCGAGGAGGGCGUUUUCAUUUCGAUGCCCGCAGCAUGAGAAUAGGAUGAAGGUGAAGGAUGGAGAAAGUGAUGAAGAAAACCAGAGGUGCCAUAGCUUAGAUUCACAAGCCAAAACGCCAUCUUUUGCAAGGAGAACUCUGGCUUGGCUAGCUGGGAGACAAAACAAGGUUGUUCACUCAUCUUCUACCCCCGAACAUGUAGAGCUUUGAUUCCUUCAUUUGGAAUGCAAAAUUGCAUAAUCCUGUUGUAGGAAAAAGAAAGAAAAAAAA